AUGUCAUGUCAGACGAGAAAGAGUUGGAAGGCCAGCUUGAUCGGGGGCACUUCCAAUCCGCCACCUGUCACCACCGUCAAUUUCCCAUCGUCGCCGUCAUCGCCAUCGACUGUCGGCACCAUCGUCAUACUACUCGCAGCCACAGCACCUGGUAUCGUGUUUCUGCGCGCUGAGAGCUGGAUCCCUAUAUUCUGCAAGCUUGUCUAUGUCCAUGAUGCCAGCGACUGA